UUGCUUGAUGCUGCUGAGCUUGUUGUGUGUUCCGUCGUCUUCGCUCGGUUGUAAUAAAUGAGUCGUGCAGGUCUCUAAUCCAAACCUCAAGCGGCAGGAAGUCCGUUGUUUCUAUGGCAGUUGCAGCUUUCUCUGACUGUAAACCCAACACGCUUUAAAAAUUCCGCCUAAAAAGAAAAAGCGUUCUUGUCCCAGUUUUGGGUCUUCAGCCAACGUAAGUAAGGUGUACAACUACCCAGAGGAUCUAGGGGCGGCUCUUUACAGAGAACCGUUUGACUUCAACGCCGAGCCGCCUUGGGAUCCUAGCUGAUAGCGGAAGAGCUCCUCACAGGGCUCCUCCAUGUAGUUUGUUGUAGAAAUCUAGGACCCCAGGGGCUCGACGGUGAAGCCAGGAAAGCCACUUUGACCAGUUCCACUAUUUAUGCCUGUCAAAUUAGAAGACAACAGUCAAGAGGAUGAAAGGAAUCACAGAUGAACCACAGUACUCUGUCAGUUUACUGGAUGGAGGCACCGCCCUUUGUGAUGUGAUUAAUAAUCACAUUGAAGAACUAACACUGUCUGAGAAGAAUGCCUUCUUUGUAGCUGACCUGGGAGCGAUUAUGAGACAGCAUGUUCGCUGGCGAACUCACAUGCCGCAAAUCCGACCCUAUUACGCUGUCAGAUGCAACAGCAGUCCAGCUGUGAUCGAAGUUCUCGCUGCGCUCGGCUCUGGCUUCACGUGCACCAACAAGUCUGAACUUGAGCUUGUGCAGAGCCAUGGGAUUACUUCAGAAGAUAUCAUCUACAGCGGUGUUUGCAAACAAGUCUCCCACAUAAAAUACACGGCUAAAAAUGGCAUCGACCUCCUUGUGUGUGAUAACGAAGCAGAACUACGUAAGAUCUCUCGCUGCCACCCAAAUGCCAAGCUGCUGCUACAGGUAUCAACUGAGGCAUGUAACCCAGAUGAUGAGAUGGGAAUGACAUUUGGCUGCUCCCUCAAAGACUGCAGACAUCUGCUGGAGAGUGCGAAGGAGCUUGGUGUGGAAGUAGUGGGAGUCAGGUCACACAUUUCCAGCACAUGUGAAGAUGACCAGGUUUAUGUCCAUGCCAUUUCUGAUGCCCGUUGCAUCUUUGAUAUGGGUGAAGAAAUUGGUUUCAGCAUGAGUAUAUUGGACAUUGGAGGUGGAUUCAGUGGCUCUGAGACCCAGCUGGAAAUGAUUUACUGUGCUGUCAUGUCUAUGGUGGACCUAUACUUCCCUUCUUCCACUGGAGUUUCCAUUAUUGCAGAACUGGGAAGCUUCUUUGUGUCUGCUGCAUUCACCCUGGCUGUGAACAUCAUUUCCAAAGCGGUGGUGGCCCGUGAUUGCCAGGACCAGAAACAAAAUGACCUGUCUCCCAAUGAGGAGCCAGAGUUCCAGUAUUACAUGAACGAGGGGGUGUAUGGAUCAUUUUCAAGCAAACUCUCAGAAACGGUCAUUGCAGCUCCAUGUGUUCAUAAGAAUACAUCUCUGGACUCUCCGGUGUUCAGCAGCAGCUUGUGGGGUCCCUCUGGAGAUGAUCUGGACCAGGUGGUGGACCACUGCCUGUUACCUGAGCUCAACAUAGGGGACUGGCUUCUGUUUGCACAUGCUGGAGCUUUCACUCUGGGUCAGCCGCUGUUCCCUUCCACAGACUCAACACCACCCCCUGUCUACUAUGUCAUAUCUUCUAGAGACUGGUUAGAAAUGCAGGACACUGGUAUAACCAGUGAGACUACGAUGAAGAACUUCUCGUGGAUCCCAUAUUUUCUCAGCUCCUACCAAACAGAAGCUGCACUGUGUGUUCCAGCUUAGCAACCUUGUGACCAGGAAGGCUUUCAGUUUCUCCUACUGGUUUAUGCUGCUAUUGUCCUUGAGUAUACAUUUAACCGUGAUAAACUUAACCAGCUGUGCAGAUAGUGUAAAAGCACUGGGACCAGAUCGACCAAACCUUUUUGUCCUAAACUCUGAUGGGAUUACACCUAAGAAUCAAGCAAUACAUGUCAAUUAGUAUACAGCAAAAUGCAUGAUUCCUGAAAUAACAAAUGUAUUUUAUGUUUAAAGCAUCCCGUUGAGCUAAUUUACUAAAUUGGGUAUAUAAAAUUUUGUGAUUUUUAUAUAAAUAUUUAACUGAUGUAUUAACUAGUUCCUCUGUAGUGUUACCAGUCGUGCAUAGAUACAUAUCUCUGAGUGAUGUAAUGAAUUGAAAUCAACAUUCGUAUUUAUAAUUUUAUUGUGUUGGAUAAUUUAUUCUAUAGGAGUUUAACGCUAUCGGUUCAUUUAUAAAUUUGCUGCCCCUCGGCAUCACUGCUCCUACAAACGUGAAUUUGCUCAUCUUUGUUUAUGUGUCAAAUAAAGAUUGUUCAGCGGGAUCCUUGGUGUUGCAGUGACAUCUAGCCAUUGCAGGAAAAUGACUGUUACGGUGCGCCGCUGGUGUGGUUUGAAGGCAAAAUGUUCAGGAAUCCCCAGUUAGCUGGUGUCUCUGUGUUCCCCCAGUGCAUAGAAACUUUCCGCAGGGGGCCAGCCAGUAACUGCUGCGCCACCAGAUCGCAGAGCGAGAACAUUAGACAGCAUGUGCUGCAGAUGGGACUGGGUAAGUGUUGAUGGAUAAGGAAUCAGCUGCAACAGAAAGGGAUGCUUUGUUCACAAAAACAGUACAUUUAUGCUAAAUACUUCAUUCUUAUACUGGAUAUGUGCAAUUAACAUUUUCUUCAACAUAAUCUCGUUAAAAAGAAAAUUCCCAGAAUUUUAGACAAUGCAAGUAUGCCUGCAUUACAUGUGUCACAUCUGUGAAGUUGUCUCCCAAUCUGCAUCUAAGAAUAGAAACGAUAGGGCACUCGCCUUCUUUAUUGUUGCUGUGCUUGCCAAAAUGAACAGUAAUAAAAACUUUAUUGACCUGA